AUGACCCCAUUCUCCCUCUUUCCAUUACCCUGCCCCGUUCUCCCUCAUUCAAUCAACCCGCCCCAUUCUCCCUCUUUCCAUCACCCCGCCCCAUUCUCCUGCUUUCCAUCUCCCCGCCCCAUUCUCCUGCUUUCCAUCACCCCGCCCCAUUCUCCCGCUUUCCGUCACCCCUCCCCAUUCUCCCACUUUCAAUCACCCCGCCCCAUUCUGCCUCUUCCCAUCGCCCCACCCCAUUCUCCCUCUUUCCAUCACCCUGCCCCAUUCUCCCGCUUUCCAUCAUCCCGCCUCAUUCUCCCUCUUUCCAUCGCCCCGCCCCAUUCUCCCGCUUUCCAUCGCCCCGCCCCAUUCUCCCACUUUCCAUCACCCAGCCCCAUUCUCCCUCAUUCAAUCAACCCGCCCCAUUCUCCCUCUUUCCAUCACCCCGCCCCAUUCUCCUGCUUUCCAUCACCCCUCCCCAUUCUCCCACUUUCAAUCACCCCGCCAUAUUCUCCCGCUUUCAAUCGCCCUGCCCCAUUCUCCCGCUUUCCAUCGCCCCGCCCCAAUCUUCCGCUUUCCAUCACCCUGCCCCAUUCUCCCUCUUUCCAUCACCCCGCCCCAUUCUGCCUCUUCCCAUCGCCUCGCCCCAUUCUACAUCUUUCCAUCACCCCGCCCCAUUCUCCCUCUUUCCAUCACCCCGCCCCAUUCUCCCGCUUUCCAUCACCCCGCCUCAUUCUCCCUCUUUCCAUCGCGCCGCCCCAUUCUCCCGCUUUCCAUCACCCAGCCCCAUUCUCCCUCAUUCAAUCAACCCGCCCCAUUCUCCCUCUUUCCAUCACCCCGCCCCAUUCUCCUGCUUUCCAUCACCCCUCCCCAUUCUCCCACUUUCAAUCACCCCGCCAUAUUCUCCCGCUUUCAAUCGCCCUGCCCCAUUCUCCCGCUUUCCAUCGCCCCGCCCCAAUCUUCCGCUUUCCAUCACCCUGCCCCAUUCUCCCUCUUUCCAUCACCCCGCCCCAUUCUGCCUCUUCCCAUCGCCUCGCCCCAUUCUACAUCUUUCCAUCACCCCGCCCCAUUCUCCCUCUUUCCAUCACCCCGCCCCAUUCUCCCGCUUUCCAUCACCCCGCCUCAUUCUCCCUCUUUCCAUCGCGCCGCCCCAUUCUCCCGCUUUCCAUCGCCCCGCCCCAUUCUUCCUCUUUCCAUCACCCAGCCCCAUUCUCCCUCUUUCCAUUACCCUGCCCCGUUCUCCCUCAUUCAAUCAACCCGCCCCAUUCUCCCUCUUUCCAUCACCCCGCCCCAUUCUCCUGCUUUCCAUCUCCCCGCCCCAUUCUCCCGCUUUCCAUCACUCCGCCCCAUUCUCCCUCUUUCCAUCACCCAGCCCCAUUCUCCCUCUUUCCAUUACCCUGCCCCGUUCUCCCUCAUUCAAUCAACCCGCCCCAUUCUCCCUCUUUCCAUCACCCCGCCCCAUUCUCCUGCUUUCCAUCACCCCUCCCCAUUCUCCCGCUUUCAAUCACCCCGCCCCAUUCUCCCGCUUUCAAUCACCCCGCCCCAUUCUACCUCUUCCCAUCGCCCCACCCCAUUCUCCCUCUUUCCAUCACCCCGCCCCAUUCUCCCGCUUUCCAUCAUCCCGCCUCAUUCUCCCUCUUUCCAUCGCCCCGCCCCAUUCUCCCGCUUUACAUCGCCCCGCCCCAUUCUCCCACUUUCCAUCACCCAGCCCCAUUCUCCCUCUUUCCAUCACCCCGCCCCAUUGUCCUGCUUUCCAUCUCCCCGCCCCAUUCUCCCGCUUUCCAUCACCCCGCCCCAUUCUCCCGCUUUCCAUCACCCCUCCCCAUUCUCCCACUUUCAAUCACCCCGCCCCAUUCUCCCUCUUUCCAUUACCCUGCCCCGUUCUCCCUCAUUCAAUCACCCUGCCCCAUUCUCCCUCUUUCCAUCACCCUGCCCCAUUCUCCUGCUUUCCGUCUCCCCGCCCCAUUCUCCCGCUUUCCAUCACCCCGCCCCAUUCUCCCGCUUUCCAUCACCCCUCCCCAUUCUCCCACUUUCAAUCACCCCGCCCCAUUCACCCGCUUUCCAUCACCCCGCCCCAUUCUCCCGCUUUCCAUCGCCCCGCCCCAUUCUCCCGCUUUCCAUCGCCCCGCCCCAAUCUUCCGCUUUCCAUCACCCCGCCCCAUUCUCCCUCUUUCCAUCACCCCGCCCCAUUCUGCCUCUUCCCAUCGCCCCGCCCCAUUCUACCUCUUUCCAUCACCCCGCCCCAUUCUCCCUCUUUCCAUCACCCCGCCCCAUUCUCCCGCUUUCCAUCAUUCCACCUCAUUCUCCCUCUUUCCAUCGCCCCGCCCCAUUCUCCCGCUUUCCAUCGCCCCGCCCCAUUCUCCCUCUUUCCAUCACCCAGCCCCAUUCUCCCUCUUUCCAUCACCCAGCCCCUCCAUCACCCCGCCCCAUUCUCCCUCUUUCCAUCACCCCGCCCCAUUCUCCCACUUUCCAUCACCCCGCCCCAUUCUCCCUCUUUCCAUCACCCCGCCCCAUUCUCCCGCUUUCCAUCACCCUGCCUCAUUCUCCCUCUUUCCAUCGCCCCGCCCCAUUCUCCCUCUUUCCAUCGCCCCGCCCCAUUCUCCCGCUUCCCAUCUCCCCGCCCCAUUCUCCCGCUUUCCAUCACCCCGCCCCAUUCUCCCGCUUUCCAUCACCUCGCCCUAUUCUCCCGCUUUCAAUCACCCCGCCCCAUUCUCCCGCUUUCCAUCACCCCGCCCCAUUCUCCCGAUUUCAAUCACCCUGCCCCAUUCUCCUGCUUUUAAUCGCCCCGCCCCAUUCUCCCGCUUUCCAUCGCCCCGCCCCAUUCUCCCUCUUUCCAUCACCCCGCCCCAUUCUCCCGCUUUCCAUCACCCUGCCCCAUUCUCCCUCUUUCCAUCACCCCGCCCCAUUCUCCCGCUUUCGAUCACCCCGCCCAAUUCUCCCGCUUUCCAUCACCCCGCCUCAUUCUCCCUGUUUCCAUCGCCCCGCCCCAUUCUCCCUCUUUCCAUCGCCCCGCCCCAUUCUCCCGCUUUCCAUCUCCCCGCCCCAUUCUCCCGCUUUCCAUCACCCCGCCCCAUUCUCCCGCUUUCCAUCACCCCGCCCUAUUCUCCCGCUUUCAAUCACCCCGUCCCAUUCUCCCGCUUUCCAUCACCCCGCCCCAUUCUCCCGCUUUCCAUCACCCCGCCCCAUUCUCCCGCUUUCCAUCGCCCUGCCCCAUUCUCCCGCUUUCCUUCGCCCCGCCCCAAUCUCCCGCUUUCCAUCACCCCGCCCCAUUCUCCCUCUUUCCAUCACCCCGCCCCAUUCUGCCUCUUCCCAUCGCCCCGCCCCAUUCUCCCUCUUUCCAUCACCCCGCCCCAUUCUCCCGCUUUCCAUCAUCCCGCCUCAUUCUCCCUCUUUCCAUCGCCCCGCCCCAUUCUCCCGCUUUCCAUCGCCCCGCCCCAUUCUCUAUCUUUCCAUCAUCCCGCCCCAUUCUCCCUCUUUCCAUCACUCCGCCCCAUUCUCCCUCUUUCCAUCACCCCGCCCCAUUCUCCCUCUUUCCAUCACCUCGCCCCAUUCUCCCGCUUUAUAUCACCCCGCCCCAUUCUCCCUCUUUCCAUCGCCCCCCCCCCCCCCCCAUUCUCCCUCUUUCCAUCACCCCGCCCCAUUCUCCUGCUUUCUAUCACCCCGCCCCAUUCUCCCUCUUUCCAUCGCCCCGCCCCAUUCUCCCUCUUCCCAUCACCCAGCCCCAUUCUCCCUCUUACCAUCACCCCGCCCCAUUCUCCCUCUUUCCAUCACCCCGCCCCAUUCUCCAUCUUUCCAUCACCCCGCCCCAUUCCCCCUCUUUCCAUCACCUCGCCCCAUUCUCCUGCUUUCCAUCACCCCGCCCCAUUCUCCCUCUUUCCAUCGCCCCCCCCCCCCCAUUCUCCCUCUUUCCAUCACCCCGCCCCAUUCUCCCGCUUUCCAUCACCCCGCCCCAUUCUCCCUCUUUCCAUCACCCCGCCCCAUUCUCCCUCUUUCCAUCACCCCGCCCCAUUCUCCCUCUUUCCAUCACCCUGCCCCGUUCUCUCGCUUUCCAUCGCCCCGUCCCAUCCUCCCUCUUUCCAUUGCCCCGCCCCAUUCUCCCGGUUUCCAUCACCCCACCCCAUUCUCUAUCUUUCCAUCACCCCGCCCUGUUCUCCCUCAUUCCAUUACCCCGCCCCGUUCUCCAGCUUUCCAUCACCCCGCCCCAUUCUCCCGCUUUCCAUCACCCCGCCCCAUUCUCCCUCUUUCCUUCACCCAGCCCCAUUCCCUUCUUUCAAACACCCCGCCCCAUUAUCCCGCUUUCCAUCACCCAGCCCCAGUCUCCCUCUUUCCAUCACCCAGCCCCAUUCUCCCUCUUCCCAUCAACCAGCCCCAUUCUCCCUCUUUCCAUCACCCCGCCCCAUUCUCCCUCUUUCCAUCACCCAGCCCCAUUCUCCCGCUUUCCAUCACCCCGCCCCAUUCUCCUGCUUUCCAUCGCCCCGCCCCAUUCUCCCGCUUUCCAUCGCCCCGCCCCAUUCUCCCUCUUUCCAUCACCCCGCUCCAUUCUCCCGCUUUCCAUCACCCUGCCCCAUUCUCCCUCUUCCCAUCACCCCGCCCCAUUCUCCCUCUAUCAAUCACCCCGCCCCAUUCUCCUACUUUCCAUCACCCCGCCCCAUUCUCCCUCUAUCCAUCACCCGCCCCAUUCUCUCUCUUUCCAUCACCCUGCCCCAUUCUCCCUCUUUCCAUUACCCUGCCCCGUUCUCCCUCUUUCCAUCACACCGCCCCAUUCUCCCUCUUUCCAUCACCCCGCCCCAUUCUCAUGCUUUCCAUCGCCCCGCCCCAUUCUCCCGGUUUCCAUCACCCCGCUACAUUCUCCCUCUUUCCAUGACCCAGCCCCAUUCUCCUGCUUUCCAUCACCCCGCCCCGUUCUCCCUCUUUCCAUUACCCCUCCCCGUUCACCCGCUUUCCAUCACCCCGCCCCAUUCCCCCUCUUUCCAUCACCUCGCCCCAUUCUCCUGCUUUCCAUCACCCCGCCCCAUUCUCCCUCUUUCCAUCGCCCCCCCCCCCCCAUUCUCCCUCUUUCCAUCACCCCGCCCCAUUCUCCCGCUUUCCAUCACCCCGCCCCAUUCUCCCUCUUUCCAUCACCCCGCCCCAUUCUCCCUCUUUCCAUCACCCCGCCCCAUUCUCCCUCUUUCCAUCACCCUGCCCCGUUCUCUCGCUUUCCAUCGCCCCGUCCCAUCCUCCCUCUUUCCAUUGCCCCGCCCCAUUCUCCCGGUUUCCAUCACCCCACCCCAUUCUCUAUCUUUCCAUCACCCCGCCCUGUUCUCCCUCAUUCCAUUACCCCGCCCCGUUCUCCAGCUUUCCAUCACCCCGCCCCAUUCUCCCGCUUUCCAUCACCCCGCCCCAUUCUCCCUCUUUCCUUCACCCAGCCCCAUUCCCUUCUUUCAAACACCCCGCCCCAUUAUCCCGCUUUCCAUCACCCAGCCCCAGUCUCCCUCUUUCCAUCACCCAGCCCCAUUCUCCCUCUUCCCAUCAACCAGCCCCAUUCUCCCUCUUUCCAUCACCCCGCCCCAUUCUCCCUCUUUCCAUCACCCAGCCCCAUUCUCCCGCUUUCCAUCACCCCGCCCCAUUCUCCUGCUUUCCAUCGCCCCGCCCCAUUCUCCCGCUUUCCAUCGCCCCGCCCCAUUCUCCCUCUUUCCAUCACCCCGCUCCAUUCUCCCGCUUUCCAUCACCCUGCCCCAUUCUCCCUCUUCCCAUCACCCUGCCCCAUUCUCCCUCUUUCAAUCACCCCGCCCCAUUCUCCUACUUUCCAUCACCCCGCCCCAUUCUCCCUCUAUCCAUCACCCGCCCCAUUCUCUCUCUUUCAAUCACCCUGCCCCAUUCUCCCUCUUUCCAUUACCCUGCCCCGUUCUCCCUCUUUCCAUCACACCGCCCCAUUCUCCCUCUUUCCAUCACCCCGCCCCAUUCUCAUGCUUUCCAUCGCCCCGCCCCAUUCUCCCGGUUUCCAUCACCCCGCUACAUUCUCCCUCUUUCCAUGACCCAGCCCCAUUCUCCUGCUUUCCAUCACCCCGCCCCGUUCUCCCUCUUUCCAUUACCCCUCCCCGUUCACCCGCUUUCCAUCACCCCGCCCCAUUCUCCCGCUUUCCAUCACCCCGCCCCUUUCUCCCACUUUCCAUCACCUCGCCCCAUUCUCCCUCUUUCCAUCACCCCGCCCCAUUCUCCCUCUUUCCAUCGCCCAGCUCCAUUCUCCCGCUUUCCAUCGGCCCGCCCCAUUCUCCCGCUUUCCAUCACCCCGCCCCAUUCUCCCGCUUUCCAUCACCCCGCCCCAUUCUCCCGCUUUCCAUCGCCCAGCCCCAUUCUCCCGCUUUCCAUCGCCCCGCCUCAUUCUCCCGCUUUCCAUCACCCCGCCCCAUUCUCCCUCUUUCCAUCACCCCGCCCCAUUCUCCCUCUUUCCAUCGCCCAGCUCCAUUCUCCCGCUUUCCAUCGGCCCGCCCCAUUCUCCCGCUUUCCAUCACCCCGCCCCAUUCUCCCGCUUUCCAUCACCCCGCCCCAUUCUCCCGCUUUCCAUCGCCCAGCCCCAUUCUCCCGCUUUCCAUCGCCCCGCCUCAUUCUCCCGCUUUCCAUCACCCCGCCCCAUUCUCCCUCUUUCCAUCCCCCCGCCCCAUUCUCCCGCUUUCCAUUGCCCCGCCCCAUACUCCCGCUUUCCAUCACCCCACCCCAUUCUCCCGCAUUCCAUCACCCCGCCCCACUCUCCCGCUUUCCAUCACCCCGUCCCAUUCUCCUGCUUUCCAUCACCCCACCCCAUUCUCCGCUUUCCAUCACCCCGCCCCAUUCUCCCGCUUUCCAUCACCCCGCCCCAUUCUCCCGCUUUCCAUCACCCCGCCCCAUUCUCCCGCUUUCCAUCACCCCGCCCCAUACUCCCGCUUUCCAUCGCCCAGCCGCAUUCUCCCGCUUUCCAUCGCCCCGCCCCAUUCUCCCGCUUUCCAUCACCCCGCCCCAUUCUCCCUCUUUCCAUCACCCCGCCCCAUUCUCCCUCUUUCUAUCACCCCGCCCCAUUCUCCCUCUUUCCAUCACCCCGCCCCAUUCUCCCACUUUCCAUCACCCCGCCCCAUUCUCCCUCUUUCCAUCACCCCGCCCCAUUCUCCCUCUUUCAAUCGCCCCGCCCCGUUCUCCCGCUUUUUAUCGCCCCGCCCCGUUCUCCCGAUUUCCAUCACGCGCCCCAUUGUCCCGCUUUCCAUCACCCCACCCCAUUCUCCCGCAUUCCAUCACCCCGCCCCACUCUCCCGCUUUUCUUCACCCCGUCCCAUUCUCCCGCUUUCCAUCACCCCACCCCAUUCUCCGCUUUCCAUCACCCCGCCUCAUUCUCCCUCUUUCCAUCGCCCCGCCCCAUUCUCCAUCUUUCCAUCGCCCGCCCCAUUCUCCCGCUUUCCAUCACCCCGCCCCAUUCUCCCUGCGAAGAAAGCUAUUCUACGGGACAGCUGA